AUGUUGAAUUUAAUAGCUAAGGUUGAAGCUCUUUUAUUGCAGGAAUCAUUUGACACUCUUUGUGAGGCGUCCAUAGUUUAUUUAACAAUAGAGGAUAAUAUUUCACCUCCAUAUGACAAAGUACAGGAAAUAGUUGAUCGAGCGAGUGGAUAUAUCAGUAUUCGCAGGCUAAAAGCAUUAAAAGUAUUGAAUAUGGAUAGAGAAUUACCUCUCGACCAUACUCAGGAAGAAAUAGAAGAAAAUCUUAAUAAGUUAAAAUCUAAACUCAAGCAUCCUACAACAGAAGCGGACAUAAACCUUUAUGGUUCACUUAAACAAAGUUUAGCAGAAAGUAGGCAAAAAAAUAUCUUCAUAGAACCUCGAGAAAAAAUAAAAUGUGCCUUACCUGAUUCGGUUAUCGCUAAGUGUAUUAAUUUUGUGAAAGUUUUCAAUAAUACAAAGAAUGCAGGGUCUAUGAAAAACAUACUUUACAAUAAAAAAUGGAAAGAAAGUGAGACAGAUUUAGUAAAAAUAACGGAACGUAUUCUAGGCAUAAUUAGUGAAAUAUGGAGCAAUCCUGAAUUUAUGACCAGUACAUCCUGCAGUGAGCAGAGUGAAGGGACAUAUAUUGCAGAUGUCAUAAUUCCUUUACUUCGAACGAGUUUGAGCGAUCUUCUGAAUAGUGCUAUUUGUUUAAGCACAGCGGAACGUCAAAGUAUAGCAAGUAAAGCUUAA